AUGUUGGACAGAGGCGAAAUGAAAAGUAUAUUGACGAGUACUACAAGACAGCCAUGCCCCUCACGAGGUUGCGAAGUGCGAAGACGCGCGAUGAUCCAGAAACUACAAGAAAUGAAUCGGGCGAAGAUGUUCAAGUCGUUUAUCGGAAACCUUGAUUUUCAGGACGAUCUUAUCAGUACUUUGAGGAAUGCUUUGCAGGAAUUGUACAAAGUGGUUCGAACAACCAGCUCUGUUGUUGCUUCUCGUUUCCCUGAUUCAGAGGUAACAAGUGCAAUAAAAAUGUAUUGA